ACAUCCGGUUUGGCUGGCGGCGUGGCGGAAUGGCUGGUGGAGAGUUGCGGUUAGCGCUGGAGCGAGUGCUCGGCGCCCUCGGCAUCCGCACGGAGGUGGUGGAGCACCCCGAGGUGUUUACUGUUGAAGAAAUGAUGCCUCAUGUUCAGCAUUUGAAAGGAGCACAUAGCAAGAACCUAUUCCUUAAAGACAAAAAGAAAAAACACUAUUGGCUGGUGACAGUUCUUCAUGACAGACAAGUUAAUUUGAGUGAUCUUGCCAAGCAGUUAGGUGUUGGGAGUGGCAAUCUUCGGUUUGCUGAUGAGAUAGCCAUGGCGGAGAAACUUCAAGUCAGUCAAGGCUGUGUGACACCACUGGCACUUUUCUGCGAUGACGGAGAUGUGAAAUUUGUUCUAGAUUCUGCUUUUAUGGAAGGUGGACAUGAAAAGGUGUACUUUCACCCAAUGACUAAUGCUGCAACCAUGGGAUUGAGCCCUGAAGACCUUCUCAAAUUUGUGAAGCACACAGGACAUGAUCCCAUAAUAUUAAAUUUUGAUAAAAACUAACUGGGCUAAAAUUCCUAACUUAUUUCUUACCCGGUGUUAGUGGUGCAUAUUUGUAGUACUGUUGAGGUAGGAUCCCCGUAAGUUUG